CCUGUCAAACUGAGUGGUGUGUGUGUGUGUGUGUCGGGUCAGCCUGCUAGUCAAUGUGCAUGCUGCUGAGUCCUGUCCACAGAAGUUAGCGCUCAGCCACCUGAUAGUCGCACAUAUAUAUACAGUCUAAAUCAUGGCAGGCAAGAGAGCAUUAGUGAUCCUGUCGAAAGGUGCGGAGGAGAUGGAGACGGUUAUUCCGGUGGACGUCAUGCGCAGAGCUGGGAUUGCUGUGACGCUGGCAGGACUGACAGGCAAGGAGCCAGUCCAGUGCAGCAGGAAUGUCGUCAUCUGUCCUGAUGCUAGCCUGGAGGAUGCCAGCAAGCAGGGUCCAUACGAUGUGGUGCUUCUGCCAGGGGGAAUGCCAGGGGCACAGAAUCUGGCAGAGUCUCCCGCAGUGAAGGAGGUGCUGAAGGAUCAGGAUGGCCGGAAAGGCCUGAUUGCGGCCAUCUGUGCAGGUCCCACUGCUCUUCUGGCACAUGGCAUCGGGUUCGGCAGCACAGUCACUACCCACCCUGCCAUGAAGGAUAAGAUGAUGGCUGGAGAUCACUAUAAAUAUUCAGAGGCUCGAGUACAGAAGGAUGGCCAUUACAUCACCAGCCGUGGGCCAGGAACCAGUUUUGAGUUUGCCCUAACGAUUGUAGAGGAGCUUAUGGGGGCUGAAGUUGCAGCUCAAGUGAAAGCACCUCUUGUAUUGAAAGACUGACUGUAGCCCUGUUGAAACAGCCACUAACCUGCAAACAGCACUAUCAACCGUAGCAGCCUGGCACUAAGUCAACUAAUCCAACUUGACACCAAGAAUCAGAGAAGUAGUGACAAAUCAUUGUCAACAAGUGAUAUACCUGCUUUUAUUCUCAUAGAUUAUUAUCCACUUUUAUAUUUCUCAGUUGGCAAUGAAAGGAAUCCCUGCACUUUAAAUUUCUUAUGUGCACUAUGGAUCACUGCACAUUGUUUUUCCCAAAAUAAAUACAUUUCAGUAGUUUGUUGUUAUUAUUUUUAUGCAUUCGGACAUCUGUGGUUAUUGCCAUUGUCAAUAAAACAAAACAGUGCUGUGCC